CCCAUCACUAGCAACUUUGACCGAGAGAUUUAGAUCUCACUGCAUCCAUCUAUCAAACGAUAUCGCUGCCGGAAACGAAUCAAUCGGUGUUCGGGUUAAUACAGCUGAGAUGAAACCCCGAAAAAGCUGUUGGACUUGCGCAGCUCGCAAGAUUCAAUGUGACGGAGUCCGACCGAAUUGUAACAAGUGCAAGCGGUCUCAAUUAACAUGCCAUGGUUAUGAAGCUCGUUUAUCGUGGCCCCGGAACAAUGACAGGAAGCGAGCGAUAGUAUGCACUACGGCAACGCAAGCGCUUGUAUCCUCACGAAAGACGAGCGAGAUACCUAGCCGCCUCUUCUUGAUCAACACAUCAUUUCACGAUGUCGAGCUACAUAACUACAUAUCAUCACAACAACACCAGAAACAUGUAACCAUAUCACCUUCAAGGCAACUAAGGCAGCCCGCGAUACAUACCAAUCAGAAUGAACUGUUACAAUACUUCCGUGACUUAGCGCACUUGUCCUUGGUCACACUCGGCACGUCAACUGCCGGAAUCCGUGAUGCACUCAUGACAAUGGCCAUGAUCAACAACAGUCCUUCAGCCUCAGCUCUUCUACACGCUAUCCUAGCCUAUUCAUCCCUUCACCAUCACGGCCUAAGCGAAACAGCUCUCAAGUUCAAAGUACAGGCCCUUCAUCUGCUAUCUACCUCUGCCGAAGGCGGUGAAUUGUCCUUAGUGAAUGCCUCCCAGCACGUGGCUGCCUCCAUGCUGCUUGGGUCAUUUGAGACUUUACGUCCUUCUGAGAGCUCAGGUGAAUGGCUGUGGCAUAUUUGGGGCGCUGUAGAUGUCAUUCAAGCCACUCAACUCAGCGACCAUUCCGGUGAGAGUGAAACAUACACUCUCCUUGACUGGGUCAACUAUCACCAUACGCUCUCACGUUUCAGCACGCAGCAUUGGCGACAUAAAGCACUGGCUCAAAAGACUUCCAUCAGAUUGAGCCAACGCUCUCGUCGUGUAACGACCCCGCCAUUUUCAAUCUACAGACCUAAUCACCCCUCUAUAGAUCCAACGUAUUCGAUAAUGAGUCUCCUUUUUGAAACGUGCGAUAUUGUAAUCGAUCCACAAGAUCCCAAAAGUCAGAGCCCAGAAUAUCGCGACUCACUCCAACGCCUUGAAGCACAAGUCGACGAUCUCAUCGCUAGCCCAGUUCCGAACGAUCUGAAUCCCGAAAGCGCAUUCGCCUUGGAGUUAUACCGCGUAGCGACACGGAUAUACAUCGCACGCGUUUCGCAGAGUCCAUGGGAGGCACCCGCAGUGCUGGACUCAUUAGUGGAUACACUGUUCAACGGGCCAGUCACGACAUGCACCUGCAUUCACUUCUUCCCGUUGCUCAUUCUGGCGUGUGAAUCACGGAGGGAUGAUCAGCGGGUGGCGAUUCUCAACUUGAUUGAUAGGACUCAACGCGAUGCGCGGAUCAGAAGUAUGAAGGCUGUGACAAAUGCUAUCCAGGCUAUUUGGGUGCAGCAAGAUCUUCAUGCUGAUAGUGAGGUGUUGGUGAAUUAUAUGGAUCUCCUGAGUGUUGGAAUUAGUUCAAGUAGCAGUAUUCCAUCCUUUGCAUAAUAUUUCCUUGGAGUCAGUAGGAACGAGGUAACAAGAUAUUGGAUGCGAUCAGAGAACCUUGGUUCUAAAAUUCGAUCAAAAACAUGGAAUCAAUAGUCUUAUCUUCUUUUGAGAAACUAA